AAUGAAAUACAUUAAAUCGUUGCUGUACGUGUUCUUUUUGAAGAGAAAAUGGCUGGGAUAUGACGUGGUUUUAAGUCAUUUUAGAGACGUGUUUGCUAACGGUCAUGGGCGGCAUUUACACGGACUCUCCUUUUCAUUUAAGAGGGAAUGUUUAUCAAGAAUAGCAAUGAUGGUUAUUCAGUUUGUAGCUUGAUAUUAAUGUGUUGAUAGUUUUUACAUUGCUGUAAAGUUUGGUUGUUUAUUUGCAAUCAUUGUUUUAGUCGCUAUCCAUGGUGCUCAACGAUAGGCUUACAUGUGUUGUUGCAGUUGAACUUUCGUUCAAUUCUAAGAAAAUAAUGCAAAAUCUCCUUGUUGUAAUUCAGAGUUUUUUUUAAAUAUAUUUACGAAUAUAUUUUUGCAACAAUUUUUGAUCAAAAUAUAAUAUGGCAAAUUGUUCCUCCAAAUAUAACUGUUCAUGUAAUAUUUGCAGUCAAUUAAAAUUCAGUUUUUAAAAAAAAAGUAUGUUGCAUUUCUGUAUUUACCUAAUCCAUUAUCCCAUUAACAGUGCUAUAAGGAUUUACUUAAAACUUCAAUUAAUAUUUAAAAACAGGCCGUUUAAAUAAAAAAAAACUUCAUUCAUACAAUAUACAUGUCAGUUAUCAGUGGGGUAAACGCUGUAGUUUAAUAUUUGUCUCUAUUUGUUUGCAAUCUCUUGACAAACAAAGAUAAUGUUCACACAUUUACAAUUUGUUUUAUGUUUGAUUUGAGGUGUAGUUUUAAAAUCGGUCCACAGGGGGACACUGUAGACCGUCACAUCUUGACGGUCUCUACGUGGCUCGCGGCUCCUCCCAGAUUCAGCGGAUGAUCCAUCUCUGGGCUUUGUUACAAAGAGAGGUCGGACGACAAAGAGCGGUUGUCUUGUUUGGUCGUGGAAAUGCCGUAAUAUUUGUUGGAAAUAUCUUCCUGGAUCUUAUUUUCAUAGUUGCUGUUAUUGUUCAGAUUGCCUACAUGCUCCUUCUCGAUGUAUGGAAUAAUGAAUUUGCCGAGCAGAACCAGCUGGAUAUAUCUCCUGGUCGUGCUGCUGGAGUGUUUCUGGGAAGCGGUGUCUGGGCAGCUGUCUUACUCUUUCUCAGAGGAGGUCAAUCUGGGGACUGUUGUGGGAAAUAUCGCUAAAGAUCUGAACAUCAAUGUCCAGGAUUUGGAGCCCCGCAUGUUUCAGAUCGUUGCAGGAUCUAAGAGGAAAUACUUCGAGGUAAAUCUAAAGACUGGUGCCCUGUACGUUAACGAGAGAAUAGACAGAGAGGAGCUCUGCGGCGACGAGAACAAAUGUUCCCUCAGUGUAGAAGCAGUCAUUAAUAACCCUUUAAAACUGUACCGGAUUGAAAUCAUAAUCUUAGAUGUAAAUGAUAAUUCACCGUCAUUUCUAAGCAAGUCACAGGUAAUUAACAUUACAGAGAGUACUGCAGCGGGGGUGAAAUUUCCUCUGCAUCAAGCUCACGAUGCAGACGUCGGUAAACAAACGGUAAAUAGUUACAAGCUUAGCCAGAAUGAACAUUUCUCUCUGGCUACUCAUAAAGGAGAUAGUGUCUCUCCAGAAUUAUUACUUCAGAAAGUUUUAGACAGAGAAAAACAGUCUGUAAUCCAACUCAUACUGACUGCUAUUGAUGGAGGAACUCCUGCUAAAUCAGGCAGUAUGACUAUAAUAGUGAAUGUUUUGGACACUAAUGAUAAUUCUCCUGUAUUCAGUCAAACUCUCUACAAAGCCAGUGUGUAUGAAAACACUAAAAUUGGAACAUAUAUUAUAACCCUAAAUGCUACUGACUUAGAUGCAGGCCCAAACGGACACGUUUUAUAUUCAUUCAGUGAAGUGGGCAGAGGAAAACAAAGUGAUAUGUUUGCCAUUGACGAAAAAACAGGGACUAUAACAAAUAAAAAUAAUAUAGACUUUGAAGAGAAUAAUGCUUUUGAGAUUAGAGUACAAGCCAGCGAUGGAGCAUCUUCUCCUCUCACCUCAAACACCAAAUUAUUGAUUGAGGUUUUAGACCUCAACGACAAUGCCCCUGAAAUGUCAGUGACUUCUCUGUUAAACACCGUGAAGGAGGAUGCAGCCAUAGGCACCGCCAUUGCACUUGUUUCAGUAUUUGAUAAAGACGGAGGUAAAAAUGGGAUAGUGAACUGUAAAAUGUCCAACAAUGUUCCUUUUAAAUUAGAAUCUAAUUACAAGAAUUACUAUUCGUUGGUGGUGGACGGCCCUCUUGACAGAGAGAGUGCGUCUCAAUACAACAUCAGCAUCACUGCUACUGAUGAGGGCAGCCCACCUCUCUCCAGCACGAGCGUUAUUAAUGUGCACGUGUCAGAUGUGAAUGAUAAUAAACCUCUAUUUACACAAAACAUAAUCAAUGUCUAUGUGAAAGAAAACAGUGCAGUAGGAGCAGUUAUAAAAACCGUUUCAGCUAUUGAUGCAGACAACAAUCAAAAUGGUCAGGUGAGCUACUCCAUUUCACAAAGUAACAGUAACUCGUUGCCUCUCUCUACGAUGGUGAACAUAAACUCAGAGACUGGAGAUAUAGUCAGCCUGCAGUCUUUUAACUAUGAGGAGUUAAACACGUUUCAGUUUAAAGUGCAGGCCACAGACUCUGGUGUUCCUCCUCUCAGCAGCAACGUGACUGUGAACAUUUUAAUUCUGGAUGAAAAUGACAAUAAUCCAACAGUCCUCGCGCCCUAUUCUGAGCACGGCUCCGUUAACAGUGAGAGCAUCCCCUAUUCUGCUGAGGCGGGAUACUUUGUGGCAAAGAUCAGGGCUGUAGACGCAGACUCUGGAUACAAUGCGCUGCUUUCGUAUCACCUCUCUGAGCCCAAAGGAAACAACCUCUUCCGGAUCGGAACCAGUAGCGGAGAAAUCAGGACUAAGAGGAGAAUGAGUGACAAUGACCUGAAAACUCACCCCUUGGUGGUGUUGGUUUCUGAUAACGGAGAACCCUCCCUGUCAGCUACUGUCUCUAUUGAUGUGGUGGUGGUUGAAAGCACAGCUGACAUCCAGACCCAGUUCAGACGUGUGCCCAUACAGGAGGAGAGCUUCUCUGAUUUGAACCUGUAUCUGCUGAUCGCCAUUGUGUCGGUGUCAGUGAUCUUUCUGCUGAGCCUCAUCAGUUUAAUAGCUGUCAAAUGCCACAGGACAGACGGCAGUUUCAGCAGGUACAGCGCCCCAAUGAUCACCACCCACCCUGACGGGAGCUGGUCUUACUCUAAAUCUACUCAGCAGUACGACGUGUGUUUCAGCUCAGACACAAUGAAGAGUGACGUAGUGGUUUUCCCCGGACCGUUUCCGCCUGUAGAUGGUGAACUGAUCAGUAUUAACGGAGGAGACACUUUUACCAGAACUCAGACUUUACCCAACAAUGACAAGGUAAGAAAUUGA